CUCUUUGACUCCUCCAACAUCCCUUCUUGUAUCCCUGUUGAGCAGUCCGCUGCUCCUGACAGUCCUUACAAUCAUACUUUGACUCUCCUUGACUCCCAACCGCGGAUUCACAGGUGUUUGUAGACAUAGAGUCGCGAACGGCCCGACCUUGUACUCCCAAACCCAACAUCCACCGAAAAAAAUCGAUACUCUACAUGAUUUAAGAAAUCACGGCCCGUAAUGAAGAAAUCGGCGCCCGUUGUCGCUCUCGCGGCCCUGCUGUCCGUUGGCAAUGUCCUUGCUGAUAUGUGUGCCAUGGGUCCAAAGCAAGAGCUGAAUGGCAACUGGUUCUGCCAGCCUGUCAAGGCAAUUCAGUACUCUAAUGUUGGCUCUUCCGGCUCGUAUAAGCAAAUUACCAGCAUGAACAACCAGACUGGUUCGUGCGAAUAUCAGAUGAAGGCAUUCUCUGGUCCUCUUGCACCGUUGAAUGAGGAGGUCUCUCUGCACUUUCGUGGCCCUAUCCACAUCAAGCAGCUUGCGGCCUAUAUUCCUUCGAGCGCUAAGUCUGUUAAGAAGGUUCGAGACACCAACGUUCACCAGCGAGCCCAUCAGCAUGUCCAUAACCGUCUCCAAGCCAAGCACAAUGUUCAUGCCCAGAACAAGCGUCAGGAGGAGGUCACUGCAACCAUCGACGGUCAAGUUGUCCAUUGGGUGAACAAUUACCCCGGACCCUCUCCAUCGUCCUGUAUCCCUCCGGCUAUGGUAACUGCAACAAUUGACGGCCAGGUUCAAACUUGGGUCAACAACUGGUUUGGUGGAGGGCCUGCUCCUACUUGCACCGCCUCCGAUACUCCAGCUCCAGUUCCAGCUCCAGCUCACAAUCCAGCUCCUCAGUCUGCUGCAAAUCCUCCCACCCCUGCCCCUGCCAAGCCCAGCGAAGUUCCUCUCCCAACCGAGGCGUUGAUGAAUCCAUCUACCCCAGUGGCCCAACCAGCCAAGGUUCUUCCCGCACCGCCUGCCGGACCGGGUAUUGCCCAAGGUCAGCAGUAUGAGAGAAUCGCGUACUAUGAUUCGGUUUCCCAGACAGUUGACAAUUUGGUAUUCCUCGGAAAUCAUGGUGGCCAAGGAUCUGGAGUCUUUUCCUACGCCUUUGGGGCUUCGCUUGCAUAUGUCAACAGCGCUGGUACUGCUGGUGCAUCUUCUCCUCAGAAGCUCACCGAUACCAUCAUCCCAUCUGGUUCUGAGAUUACUGUCAUGCUGGGCCAAGCUUGCAGUGCCAAUGAUUGUGGUUAUGUUCAACCAGGAUCCGUUGCGUAUCAUGGAUUUGACGGUGCUGAUAAAGUCUUCCUCAUCGAGUACAUGAUGCCCAUGGAUUCAGGUACUCAUGGAGGCUUUGAGAGUGAUAUGCCGGCAAUUUGGAUGCUUAAUGCUCAGAUUCCACGCACAACACAGUAUGGUCCGGAUACUUGCAAUUGCUGGACGAGCGGAUGCGGCGAGUUUGACAUCGCUGAAUCCCUUUUUGAAGGAUCCACGUACCUCAAGAGCACUCUCCACACCAACAAGCCUGGCGGAGAUUCGGAUUACAUUGAGCGCCCGACUUCAGACACUAUGAAACUUGCGGUUGUCUUCAGCUCCAGCAGUUCCACGAUUCACAUCCAGGUUCUGCCGGCCGACACAGACUUCCCCUCAACUCUCGCUGCCAGUGACAUCAAUAAGAUGUGUCAAGCUACACCUGACAACCAGGUCUCCCACUUCUCUGUCACCUAAACGGCCAGGCAACUGAUUUCUUGCUGAACCUUUGCUCCUUUUUAGGAUAAGGACACAGUAGGAUUUCGUGUGCUCUGGAUCGUGUUUCCGUUAAACUGCAGUUGUAAUUUGGCAGCUCUUGUCUCCAACUCCCUGCUGGUGCGAAGCCCUGCCAAUUUCUUCUUUUCCUUCAAUGUAAACGGGGCAAUACUGGGCAGGACUGCAUCGGCAGCGGCAUUCGUGUUUCGGAUCGCUUCAGCGGGGUUUCUGUGUACAUACAGACCUAUAAAUACGAACCAAUGAUGUCCA